AUGGAGGUGGCAGCGGGAUUGGCCGGCGGAGCUGGCGGCGGUGUUGGCGGCGGCGACGGCGGUGGCGACGGCGGCGCAACUAGCGGCACCGCGAGCGGUCCAGGAGUUGCUGGAGGUGCUGUGGGACACUUUGGGACGCCCGUGCCGUCGUCACCCCGCGGCGGCGCCGGUGGCGGCGGCGGCGGCGGCGGUGACGAGGGCAACGAGGGAGGCGGCCAUGGUCCCGUCAAGCGUCCUCACGCCAUUUCCUGGCCGGUUUGGAUCGGUGCUACAGCCAUUCUGGCGCUCUUCACCGCAAUCACCAUUGCCAGCCACCUCUCCGGCUUCAUCUCCCUGGUGACGUCAGCAGUAGCUGGUUUCGGAAUCAGUAGCGCCAACCGCCGCAUCGCGUCCGCGAUGGCCCAUGGGUCGCUUGCCGCUCCGGCUGAGCCGUCCGAGCGCCGAAGGGGCCUUGGCAGCGGUGACGAGGAGGGGAAGGCGGCAGAGGGAGAAGGUGACGGGGACGCGGAGGAGAGGAAGAGGGAUGCAGAGACGGAGGCGCGUCUGGCGGAACGUACGGCAGAGCGAGCGGCGACGGCGGCGGCGACGGCAGCGGUGGCAGCGGCGGUGGCCCAGUUUGGCGGUCCCGGGGCGCAGCUGAGUGCUCUGCAAGCCGCCAGACGGGCCGCGGACAUCGCAACUGAAGAGCAGGAGGACCGGCAGCGGCACCGGCAGCAGCAGCGGCGGGGGGCGGCCGGCGCCGAGAACCUCUCCAACGCCGGCGGCAGCGGCGGCGGCACCACCAGCCCUGUUCCAGCCGCCGACGGUGGCGGUGCGUCUCACGAUGACGGCGGUAGCGGUGCUCCUGGCGGCGCAGCUGUGUCGCAUACGGGUGAGUAUCUUCUAAAGCUCCACGAAGGCAAUGGCGGCUGGCAGCAGCAGCAGCAGCAACAGGAACAGGAACAGGAACAAGUGAUGCCGUUCCAAGGAGGUGGCGAGGCUGCCGAAGACGGUUUCAAUGGCGGUGCCGCCGCCGCCGCCGUACCACCUGCCCACCCAGCCGUCAGCCAUAGCUCCGUCAGGGGUACCGGCGGCGGCGGUGCCAAGUUACUGCACGGGGAGGAUGCUGACGGAGGCGCUGCUAGCGGCGGCAGCGGCGGCUUCUGGGGUUUAGCCUGGCUCGUUGGUCGCAAGCGUGGUGGCAGCGGCGGCAGCGGCGGCGGCGGCGCAACCGACGGCGGCGGCGGCGGCGCUGCAGCGGCAGAGGAAUCGACCGCGCUGGGUGCGGCGUCUGGGGGUAGGAGAGGCACGGGGAUGGGCCGUGGCGGGCUGACGGAGGCGCAGGAUGCCUUGCUGCACGGCAAUAUGGAGUGGGAUACGGCAGCGGCGGUGGAAAAGGGAGGGACGUCGGCCCUGGGACGAGGUAAAGGACUGGUACGGCGACUGGUAGCUGGCGUCGGUGGAGCCGUACGCGGUACGGCCCGCAGCCUGGGUUCGUGGCGCUUCCGCAAAGGCACUGGUACCGGCGGUGGGGUUGAGUACGGCGGCGGCGGCGGCGGCGGUGGUGGAUUGGAGACCCUCGAGAAGGCAAAGUCCGCUGGCGCCGCCGACGUAACCGUUACGGAGACCGCAAGAUCUGAAGUGUUGGGGCACCACCUCGUGCAACUUGAUGACGUUGACGGCGGCGGCGGCGGCGGCGACUACGACAGCACCGGCGGGCGCCGUACCCUGGACCGGUCCCAGCUGGCGUCUGACGCCAAGCUGGCGGCGGCAGUGGCGCUGACGGUGUGGUCGGUGAUGGUGCCAUUUAUGCGGCGACAGUGGCAGCGGCGAACGACCCGUGGGUCGGUCGAGCCUCCACCACCGCCGCCGGGGAAGGCGACGGCGGCGGGUGAUGAGGCGAUUGCUGCAAACUUGAGUUGGGGGAGCAGCGCCUCGGCGGCCGCCGCACCUCCCCCCGCCUCGGCGGCGGACUACCCGGUUGCGAGGAACCCUUGA